AUGGCGAGCUUGGAGGUCGCCGACGCGUCGGAGUACCUUGCCAUCACCGGCCGGGGCCUCGACGACGUCAAGCUCGCAAAGAAGGCGUCGGAGCAGGGCAAGAAGUUUGACACCACGCCCCCCGUCAACUACGAGUUCGAGGUUCACGCAACGACAUCGGAGAAGCUCUCGCUCGUCCUUCCCGUGGUCUUCACCGUCGGCCCCAAGGUCGACGAGCACACCAGCCACAGCAACAAGGCGUCGCAGCUGCUCUACUCCAAGCUCAUCAUCGCGCCGCACGACAACGGCUCCUCCCACGUCCGCGAGCUCGUGAAGGGCGCCGUCGAGGGGCAGGCGCGCGCGCUCGCGGCCUCCAUGACCACGGAGGAGAUCUUCCAGGGCGCCGAGUCGUUCGAGCAGGCCGUCCUCGAGAAGGUCCAGCUCGAGCUCGACCGCUUCGGCCUCUUCAUCUACAGCGCCAACGUCGUCAACAAGCAGCUCGUCGACGUGCACAAGGUGGGCGUCCACACGACCAUGGCCGAGGCGGAGGCGGAGGCGCUCGAUCAGAACGAGAGGGACGCGGUGGUUGCCGCGGCCAAGGCCGACCUGGCCACCAAGAUGCCUUGGGUGUUGGGCCUCUUCAUCGCCUCCGCGGCCGUCACCCUCGUCGUGUACGAGGCGCCGCCGGGCGUGGACAAGGGCGCUUACUACCUCGCGGUGUCGGGCGCUUUCUUCGCUGCCGUGGCCGGGAUCAUGGCGGCCGUCCUGGCGGCCAACUGA